CAUAAAACUAAUCAAAAUCAUGAUGAUAAUCAAAUAUAAACAGAAUCUAUUUAACCAAUUAAAUGAUUCUCUUUAUAAUGAAUGAAUGAAUGAAUGAAUGUCAUGACAUGACAUCAGAUAGAUAUAUAUAAAUGAUUCGUAGACAUUCUACAAAGAAUUCGUUCAAUCUAACGUAUCGACGAUAUUCAACGAAGACAAAUUCCAUUUAUUGAUCUAUUCGAUAUAAAAAAAAGGAUCUAGAAAAUGUCAUCAGAUCAAUUAAAACAAUCAUUUUUAUCAUUUUGUAAUUUUGUUAAAAAAGGUUCUAUUACAGCAACUGAUAAAACGAUUAAAAAAUUAUGUACAGAUUGUCAAAUUUAUUCAAAAAAUUUAAAUACAAAUCGUAUUGAUAUUGAAUUUCGUGCACAUAUUGGAAGUACUAAAAGAGACGUUGAUUUCCCAGGAUUUGUAAGUUUUCUGGAAGGUCGAUUAGCAAAAGUUUAUGCCGCUGCCAAUGGUAUAGAACAUGAGGAUGCAGUAAUUGAGCUCAAACGUAAAAUAGCUGAAACAUCACCAGCGAUUCAUGGUGGUACUAAAAUUAGCUCUGAUCCAACAACAUCUAGAUUGACAAAUGUAAAAACAUUUACUGGUUCACAUAAAGAACGUUUUGAUAUAGAAACUGGUAAAGGUUUAGGUAAAGCUGGUCGUGUUGAUCCAUCACCAUGUUUUACUACUAGUGGAAUAUCAGAGCCAAGAAAAUAAACUCAAUUGUUUGUUUGUUUUUCCUCUGAAAUAUCUAAUGAUUCUCAAUUGCAUAUGUAUAUAUAUCUAUGAAAAGAGACAAAGUUAAAUUCUAUUAUAUUCACUAUUUACUCGUCUACCUCCCUCCAUUCCUUUCUCUUCCUUCCCUCCUCUCUCUCCCCCUGCUUCCCUCCCUCCCUCCUCUCUCUCUCACAUACACACAUACGCACAUAUAUAUUUACGUGUUCAUUUUGUUUCUAUAUGAGUUUUUAUUUUGUUUUAUAUUCAAUAUUCAUACUUUAUAAAAAUGUAAUUGCAUCAUAUGACUUAUAUAUAAGUGAAAUAACUGUGUAUACAUUAAUAAAAUGAAGAAUUUCUUUCUUUC